UUCUGGUCACGUUGUGUUUUAGGCGAGUGCUGAGAUCCAUUCAUCCACUCGAGUCGGGUCCACCGCAGCCCGUGGAAAAACAUCACUGAUAUGAUGUGUCGUGUAAAGUUUUUAUAUGUGAUGUUGAAUUCGGCACAAAUCUAAACCAUCAGUCUGUGCUAUCAACUUGUUUAGCAUGAAACAAACCAGUCUUUACACGAGUGUAAGUGAACGCAGACUCACGCUGUGACUCCACGUGUGCUGAAUCCACCUCUGUAACUAAGUUACAGAUUAUCCACCUGCCUAUGCUGAUACCUGCGUUUGGCCUGUUUUAAACGGGUGCGCGGUUUUAAUGAAUGUUAACAUCGAUGACGUCAUCAGACACGGAGCGACUUUACACCGUGUCCUUCCAGGAAAUAUGUGACCGCUUUGGAAAGCAGUACACGUGGGACGUGAAGACCUCAGUGAUGGGGAAGAAGGCUCUGGAUGCUGCCCAGAUGAUCCGUGAUAGGCUGGAGCUCCCCAUGACGGCUGAGGAGCUGCUAGCUGAAAGCAGACAAAUACAGGAGAAGAUCUUUCCCUCUGCUAAACUCAUGCCAGGUGUGGAGAAACUGGUGCGUCAUCUGCACAAGCACAAAAUCCCCACUGCAGUGGCGACCAGCUCAGCCGGCGUGACGUUCAAGUUGAAGACGAGUCAACACAAAGAGUUCUUCGCUGUCUUUGAUCACAUUGUGCUGGGUGACGAUCCAGAUGUGAAGAAUGGCAAACCUCAGCCAGACUCCUUCCUGGUGUGUGCCGGCCGCUUCGAUCCCCCAGCUGCUCCGGAGAAGUGCUUGGUGUUUGAAGAUGCUCCCAAUGGUGUAAAGGCAGCACUGGCAGCAGGAAUGCAGGUGGUCGUGAUUCCCGAUGACAACCUGGACCGCAGCCUGAUCCAGGAGGCUACGCUGCGACUAAGGAGCAUGGAGGAGUUUGAGCCGCAGCUCUUUGGCCUGCCAGCAUAUGACUGAAAUGACUCAUACCUGUAAUUCAGGAAGCUAGUAACCAUUGUUAAUUGAUUGGUUGUUAAACAAUAACGUCAUAAAUGAGUAAACUAUUAGUAAAAGGAUGGGCACCGUAAAUCUGUAUUACACCUACAAAUCUUACUUGGAUACUAAAAAGUGGAACCUGAUGGUUCUAAUCUUUGUUCCAAAGGGAACCGCUCAGCUUUAGGGUGGUGAUGUAAACUACGUCAUGUGACUCGUCUUAUUAUCGUACUGCUGUUAUCGAAAGGUUCAUUUGAACCGUACAAACAUCUAAUAAAGAAAACAUCAGCAGUUU